CCCCGGGCCCUUCGGCGGAGCGGGCCGCUUUCCCCCCACCCCGGAGGACCCAGGUCCCCGCUGUCACUCCGCAGCAAGACCUACGGCAACGUCCUGGUGCUGGAUGGCGUCAUCCAGUGUACGGAGCGGGACGAGUUCUCCUACCAAGAGAUGAUCGCCAACCUGCCGCUGUGCAGCCACCCCAACCCCCGCAAGGUGCUGAUCAUCGGGGGAGGAGACGGGGGCGUCCUGCGUGAGGUGGUGAAGCACCCCUCGGUGGAGUCUGUAGUCCAGUGCGAGAUUGACGAGGAUGUCAUCCAAGUCUCUAAGAAGUUCCUGCCGGGCAUGGCCGUUGGCUACUCUAGCCCAAAGCUGACCCUGCACGUGGGUGAUGGCUUUGAGUUCAUGAAACAGAACCAGGAUGCCUUCGACGUCAUCAUCACCGACUCCUCGGACCCCAUGGGCCCUGCUGAGAGCCUCUUCAAGGAGUCCUAUUACCAGCUCAUGAAGACAGCUCUGAAGGAGGACGGCAUCCUCUGCUGCCAGGGUGAGUGCCAGUGGCUGCACCUAGACCUCAUCAAGUCGAUGCGACAGUUCUGCAGGUCCCUCUUCCCUGUGGUGGGCUAUGCCUACUGCACCAUCCCCACCUACCCCAGCGGCCAGAUCGGCUUCAUGCUGUGCAGCAAGAACCCGAGCACCAUCUUCCAGGAGCCGGUGCAGCAGCUGACGCAGGCACAGGUGGAGCAGAGGCAGCUGAAGUACUACAAUGCCGAGGUGCACCGUGCUGCCUUCGUGCUGCCCGAGUUCGCCCGCAAGGCCCUGAACGAUGCCAGCUGAGCCCCGGUGCCGCCAUGCCACCGUCCCAGACCUUGGGCUGGACCAGGGAGCCUCCGGGGUGUCGGGGUCCCCCCAGCCUGGACCAGACCCCUGCCGGCUCUCGCCCCUUGGCCAUGUCUGACAGGCCCUGGGAUGCCACCCCCAGCCCUGCUGGGCACACUCCACAUGUCUGUCCUCUCCGGUGUCCAGCUCUGUACAGCACCGUCUGCCCUGUUGCCCCUCAGCAAACAAGUAUUUAUAACAAAGCUUGCAGUCCUGUCCCCUGACCUUCGCUGGUCCCAGCAGAAGCCACAUGAGCUAUUGCUGGCCACUGUUGGGUGUGAGGGUCUCCAGGGCCCUCCUCCCAUCACACGGGGCCAGCCCAGGGCCUUGGACAUGGAAGGCUACGGCAGUCACCCCAUCAGCCCAAGUCCGUCUGUCCUGGGGGCCACUGGCCAUUGGUGCCCUGGUGCUGGGGGGUGGGUGUGAGCUAGAGAGAAGUUGGGCCUCCACAGGACAGGGGGGACCCAGAGACAGCUGGGGUAUGGCAGAGUCCCUGGGGCCUGUUAAUGUGUCUGGAGCUGGGGGGGGGCGGGGUAGCCUCUGCUAAGUCCAGGCCACCUGCUGUGCCCUGCAGAGCUCUUCUGCUCCCCAUGAGCUGCAGCCAGGCCUGCACUUCCUGGGCACAGGGCUGUCCCCUCUCCAAGGUGCUGAACUUGCAGGUUCCUUGCCUUGGGUGCCUCAUGACCGCCUUGUCACCAGGACCUUGCAGCCUGGCCCAGUGCAGGUGUGGAGAGGGGAGGCCUCCAGCCACUCCUGACUCAGGGACAGCAGGGAAAACACCUGCUCCUUGCAGAAGCCAACGCUACCAACUCCCUGCCCUGGGCAGAUGCUGACGGUUGGGGUGGGCAGGGUGAGAGGAAGACCCCACCUUACCUGGGUGCCACGGUCUCGGUGGGACUGAUUCCGGGCUUCCAGGAGCAACAGAGUGGGGAGCCAGGUCCAGCCGCUGCUGCCCAGGCCCCGCCCACAGCUCUGCGGUCUCCAAGCACCUCCAGCCCUUUGACCUUGGCGGUGGUGUGACCCCAGCCCUCCUCCUUGCCCCCAAGCCUGGACAAUCUUGGCAGCAGGAGUGGACAGCCCUGCACUGGCAUCUCCCGGUCUCAGCAGAUCCUGGCACAGCCUCCAGCUCACCGGAAGUCCCAGAAGGCUGGUGUUUGUGUCUCGAGGCCACCCAGGCCGGGCUCCAGCCCCAAACCGUGCACCCUGAUUCAGGUCAUCACAGCUACCUGUGUGGAAGGCACUGCUAAUGCCACGCAGGUGGGGUGACGGCCCUGCCGUGGCCACGCAGCUACCCCCACUCACCUACCCCAGUGGGGCUUUGGCUCCCAGCAGGGCGUCCUGUCAGCCCUGCCCAGGACCAAGCCCCAGGCACAGCUAUCUGGAGGCCAGGAGCACUGGGUGGGUAGGGAUGGCCUGGGGCCCGGAGCCACCCAGCCCUAGCUGGCAGCCUGUCUUACCAGUGGGGGCAGUGCACCUUCCUCAGAAAGCUUCCAUUAGAAGCCUACGGUAGCCGCUCCUCAGCCUGUAGUGAGGUCACUGCCUCCAGUGAGCCUGGCCCACAUCUCGGUGAGCACUGCAGACAUGGCCCUGCCCCUGAGGCAGAAGCAGCUGUGCGUGUACACACAAGGGCAUGUGUGCUGCAAGUGAAACCUAGGGGCUUCUCCCACUGAGCUGUAGCCUCAGUCCUACUUAUUUUUUAUUUUGAGAUGGCAUCUUGGUAAUUUCCAAGGCUGGCCUUGAAAUUUGGAUCCUCCCGCCUCAGCCUCCUGAGUUAUGUGAUCUCUUCUGCUCAGAGACCUGACCGCCCCGCUGCUGAGGCUCCCCUGGUAGGUCUUGUGCCUGCCUCAUGCCCUCUGUGUCCUUUACAAUAAACUUGUCUCCCUGGUCCAACGAGCUAUCCCACCAGGGCCACAAACCCAAGGAGGGGACUGGAAUCCUGGCUGACAGCCUGUCAGAGGGCAUCUGGCCAGGUAUGGUGCGCACCUGUGAUCCCAGCUCCUUGGGAGGCUGAGGCAGGAGGAUCAUAAACUCAAGCCCUGCCCGGGGAGCUUAGCAAGAUCCUGUCUUCAGAUGUUGAAAAGCUCCAGAGACAGCUCAGUUCAAAGGUCCUGGGUUCAGUCUCCAAAAAAUAAAAAGGCAACUUGGUGCUUCCUUUGCUGUCCAACUUGGGGCAGCUCUUGGGCCUGCUGCUGCCGCUGGGUAGCAGGGUGAGGACUGAAGAUGCCCAGCUGGUGUCCCCAGCCUCGGGUGCCACCUUAGGUUGUGCCCUAUGUCCUGCCAGGGCUGCGUUUUGCCCGCCACCAACCCCGCACUCCUUGGCCGUAAACAAGUGUGGUUCGGCUGGUGACUUGGUCUGCACUGUCACUGUGUGGCCACAGCCCACGAGCACCAGAUGCCCUGGCUGCAGCUGUGUCCACCACCAGGAUUCAGUCGAGUUCGGGGGGUCACUUGGUUUCAUUUUCUUAGUUUUCAAUAAAUUUGUCACUGACUAGCCCCAAACUUCAUAUUUUGUGAAAGCUAUUAUUGAAGCUCCUGUUUUAUUAUUGAGGCGUGGUCUCACUGUGUGGUUCAGGCUGGGCUUGAACUCAUGGGGGGGCUCCUCCUGCCUCAGCCUCCUUGGUGCUUCAAUUACAGGCUUCACACCUGGCUUGAUGGCACCUCUUAAAACCUCUGUGCUCAGCAAGUGGACCAUCACUUUCCAGUCCCUGGGCGAUGUGUACAGGACCUUCCAAUGCCCAGCCAAACUGUUAUCUGGGAGCCAGGUCUUCCCUUCUUGUCCCCUUUUCUUGGGUAGAACACACCCCAUAUGUACUAGGGGGGCCAAAAAUUACUGCUUUACAAGAAAGUAGUUUAUCCUUUUUUUGGGGGGUGGGGACAGGGCCUCACUAUAUAGUUCACCAAACCCAGCUGACUCAAGAUUCUUUAAAUCUGUCAUGUGUGCCGGGUGUGGUGGCGCAUGCCUGAAAUCCCAGCAUUUAGGAGGCUGAGGCAGGAGAAUCGCU